ACUACUCACUCUCCCAAGCAGAGUAAUCAAAGAAACAUUUGCACAUAUUCUUUCCUGGCUACAAGAUUAUAAGCUAAGCCAUCAUAAUGAAGACUGUCACCGGAUUGGCACUCCUUGUCUGUUUCUUCCUCUUGUGUAGGGUAACUGAAGGAGCUCCAAGAGAAAAGCGAGGGGGAGGUGGAGGAGGAGGCACUUGCGAUGCAGGAGCCGAUGGUUGCGGUGAUGGAGGUGGUGACGGUGGCGGAUGCGGAAAAGGCGGCUGCGGUGGAGGCGAUGGUGGCGGAGACGGUGGCGGAGAUGGCGGAGACGGUGGCGGAGAUGGCGGAUGCGGAAAAGGCGGCUGCGGUGGAGGCGAUGGUGGUGGUGGUGACGGCGGCGGUGAUGGCGGCGGUGACGGAGGAUGUGAGGGUGGAGACGCCAGUGGUGGUGGUGGUUGUGAUGCUGGAGAGGGUGCCAGUGGUGGUGCCGAUGGUGGUGUCAGUGGUGGUGAAGGUAGCAGCAGCAGCUCCAGCAGUGAAGAGAGUACAGAUGGCGAAUCCGGUGGCGGGGAGGGAUGCGAGGGAGGUGAAGGAGGAGGCGAAGGAUGCGGUGGUGAAGGGGGUGACGGUGGUUGUGGUGAAGGUGGUUGCGAAGGCGGUGAUGGUGGUGGAGAUGCUGGGGGCACGUCAGGUGCGCGGUAAUCUUCAUUCCCCAUGACAGUCAUUGCUAGCUAUAGAUUUUGAUUGCAUUGAUAUUGGUGGCCCAAAUGGUUGAGCAAUGAGUAUAUUUCGUUGAUCUUUUGUAUGUUACUUUGCUUGUAUGUUUGAGUGGGCUAAGGAUUUUUGUUUGUUUGUUCCCUUUCUCCUUCUUUGAAAUUGAACGUAGCGGUAGUCCUCUUAUAGGUUUUCGACAAAACUUUAGCUGAAAUUAUCAGGUCUAGUUAUGUCACAUCAAGAAUAAUAUUUUAAAUGUCAUUUCCAUUUUAUACCGUAGUAAUUGUUACUAUAUGUUCCUCUCGAACCGUUACUCACAUUUCUUCUAGGAAUAGAAUCCAAUGACUUGGGUGAUAUAAAUAGCUUGAGAAUUGAUAUUUAUUAAGUUCAUUCCAUUUGAUCUACAUCUUGUACUUUUGUUUACUAUUUAUUUUGUUUGUACUUAUUUAUUAUAGAUUUUUUUUGUUUUGAAAUUUAUACGUGAAUAAUAAAACAUAUAACACGAAUUAGU